AUGGGAUUUGAGUACCAAUGCCCUCAACUUCCUAGCCUUGGUCCCGACUCCAAGGGCAUAACUUAUGAAGCGGACGUCGAAGCUAUCCAGAGAACCGCAAUCAGUCUUUUUGACCAAGGGAAGGAGGUUGCCCUGAUUGCCCACUCUGCCGGUGGGGUUCCUGCAUGUGUUGCUACACAGGGCCUCACCAUCUCACAGCGUGCGAAGGAAGGAAAACCAGGGGGAUUCCGACACAUAAUCUUCCUUGCCGCCUUCGCUAUACCCGUUCGUGGAUAUGAUCUGCUCCAAACUCUGGGCGGCACAUGGCCCGACUGGCAGAUCGCCGGCGAACCCUAUACCAAGGGACAUCUGAUCCAUCUUCAAGACUUUGCCAAAGACAAGUUUUAUAACGAUCUGCCCGAUAAUGAGGCUCAGAAGCAAUUCGAAUCUCUGUUGCCGCAUUCUCAAGAUGCCUUUGAGACACCAGUCAACUUCAUCCCGGCUGAUGUCACGAUCCCGAAGACUUACAUCAUCUGUGAGAACGAUCAGGCAUUGCCCGUUAAGGUUCAGAGAGAACUUGUAUCACAAACGCCCGGGCUGAGAGCGGAAACGCUGGACACUGGCCACAGUCCAUUUCUCAGCCAGCCAGAUAAAUGUGCUGAGCUGAUGAGAAAGGUGCUUGCUAGCGAGUGA